UGGGAGUCAGUUGGCAAGAAAGAGAAAUGCAAAAUUCUUCUUCUAAUACUCAACAUAAGAAUUUGGAGUCUCCAUUAGCACACCAUGCCAAUCCUUCAUUCUCGAGGAAAGCAGUUAGUCAGGACGCUAACGCUCAGAGAGAAGUUGAAAGAGGUAGAGAAGUGUUACGUGCAACAUCAUCGCUAAGUUUGCUUCAGCAAACUCAAUCACCACUUAAGCAAAUUGUCGUCAGUCAAGAGCAAAAGCAAUCCGAACAACCUAGCAAAAUCAAUUACAAUGAGAACGUAAGGCACCUGUCCUCUACAACAAUACAAACUUUAACCACUAAACCAGAUAAUGUUCAAAAUCCAUCUACGGUGAGGCACAGAACAUCAGAAAAGCGCAUUCCUUAUACCAAUGGUUCGCCGCAUUCCACACCUCAAAGUGAGUAUCCAAGAAGGCACAUUGAGAAUAAUCACAUGCUUGUGAUUCCACCUAAAACAUCACAAUCACGAGUUGAGGAUGACAUUGUCAAGACGAAAGCGGAGUGGAACAGGGCUAGCGCAGCUAAAGAAGAUAGCAGAACCAUUCAGAAGCAGACUACAGCGACUACAACAGCGGAAGGGCCGGUGAGGGAAGAGUUUCCCGCUGGACUUGACCGAAGUCAAUUCAUCUACUACAAUGGUGACUACUACGCUCCGACUAUCCCAGGAAUUCGCAUAUCCAAACCUGACGGAAAAUCUUCAAAUCCAAAUUACCCUUUGAUUGAGGGACCACCAGAAGAAAUGUUUCGCGAAUUUCGAAAACACUCAAAAGAGUUCCAGAAAGUUAUUCCAUUAGUGAAUGGAGCUAGAUCUGCUGCAGAAGGCCAGUCAAGAAGCGCGGAAAGGCCUGAACUAGAUAUCAUGGAUAAGGCGAUUUAUAUGAAACAGGAUGGAACUAUAAUUAACGCGCCUCCUGUGCGCAUUCCCGACAAGAGAACA